AUCUGAAUUUGGGAAAGAGAAAGGAAGUGGAGAGAAAAGGGGUUGCCGGCGGCGGUAUGGUCAGUUGUUAAUUGUUGAUCCUCUUAACUGUCAAUUAGUGUGCAGUAUUUUGUUGCUCUGUUUCACGAUGGACGAAUGUGUAGCUAAUGAAACACAAAAGCAGGCUGGAGAAAAUGAAUUUAGGGAAGGAGGAGAAUCUGGAGCUGAUAAUGUUGAAGUUACUCUGACGGCAAAUGAUACAGCGAACAAACGGAUGAAGGAGAUGGAAGUGGAUAGGCUCAGUGCCUUGCCGGAUUGCUUGCUCAUUCACAUCCUCUCUUUUCUGGGUUUGAAGAAAGCUGCAAUUACGAGUCUUCUCGGGAAAAGAUGGAAAUUACUUUGGACCGAAUUGCCCACCCUUGAAUUCUCUCUCUGGGAGGACUGGGAGAGCCGCGAUAAGAUUACUCAGGCAAGACGUGAAUUUGUGGCUAGGGUUCAUAAGACCCUUGCUACUCGCCGUGGGAAGUGUCUGGAGAAGUUGGACGUUCAAUUCAGGUAUAACAAAUGCUUUGCUUCCGAUGUUGAUAGCUGGCUUGGGGCUGCCUUGAAACUUAAGGUGAAACAUGUCUCUUUGGCCCUAAUGUUUUCAAAGCAAUCCUACCCUCUUCAUGAGAUGAUCUACACAUAUUCGUCCUUGACAUCACUAUCUUUGCUCGGCUGCAUUUUUGAACCUGAAAGAGCAAUCAAGUGGCCGUCAUUGACUUCUUUAGAUAUUUCCGAUGUUUAUCUACCUCAGCUCGUAGUUGACAAUAUAUUAUCUGGUUGUCCUGUUUUGAAGAGCUUGUAUUUGAGUGAAUGUUGGGGAUUCACUUGUUUCGAGAUCCAUUCUCAAAACCUUGGUGAACUAUCUGUUCAUGAAUCAUUUAACGAAAGUUCUGAUGAUGAUAUCUUUAAAAUCUCAGCACCACAUCUUAAAUCUUUGGAUAUGUCGUUCUAUCCUUCAGACUCAAACUUGAAGCUGUCUAACAUCUCAUCUCUUGUGAGUGCUAGUUUUUCCUUGAUUGACGAUUGGAAUUUAGGCUCUCAAGACGUGCUGAGUCAUAUAAAGGAUAUUUUUGACAGCACUCAACAUGUGACGGAGCUUGAACUGGGAUGUGAUAUCAUUAAGGCUCUUGCAGCAGCGUUGUUGCUGGGUCCUUGGCAGCUUCCGAAAUCUAUGCGAAGGUGUUUGAAAAUAAACAGGUUUAUCCAUGAUGAAGAAAACAUUUCUGCCAUUUUAGGCCUUCUGGAAUCUUCUCCCAACCUUGAGACAUUGAUCAUAGAGCGUUAUGACCCCAAAGAAAUUGCUGAAGAGAACUGGGUCCUACCUGGAAGGAGUGAUAUGGGCUGUGACUUGUUGCAUUUGAAGACAGUUAAAUUGUAUAGCAUGGCAGAUCCAAAACUAGGGGGCGAGCCAUUGCUGACACUGGCCCGAAACCUUCUUAAGAGGGCACCCGCCUUGGAAGAGAUGGUGAUUGGGGUUCGCGUUGAAGACGUUAGUGAUUUUAUCAAGAUAGGUCAGACCUUACUCUCUUAUCCCAGAGCCUCACCAAAUGCAGUCAUCUCCUUCUUAUCUUAGAUUAUAAACUAUACUCCCUAUUAUUUACUACGUAUAUCGUAUUUCUAGUGUGGCAUGUUGACUUGAGAUCAUAACAUGUAUGUCUUUGAUGUAUCCAAUCAGUCUGGAGGUACUUAUACUGUAUUGGG